UAUUGCGCUUCCCUCCUCGCAGCCGACCAACAACAUGGCUCCCAAAGACCAAAAUACACUCAUGAUGCUUUGCCUUUUCCUCCUGACGCUCGUCCGGACCGCCGAGGCGUUUGACGGAGGAGACGCGGCGGCUUUGCUGCUGGGCGCGACGGUGACGCUCGUGGGAAUCUGCGCGUGCCUGGGCUGGUACGCGCGCACACGAAACGGCCAGUUUUGAUGACAACCUGGUGAUCAAGGCCUCAUCCGGAAAUGUGACUGAGUGCAUAAAGUCAUGCAUUUAUACUGAAAAUAAUUGGAAAUGCACGCAGAGGAAGGAACUGUGUGGAUAAGCGUAUGUGUGUUGAUUAUAUUCUCUGACGCAUUAUCCUUACUAAUGUCUCUUAUAUAUGGGACACUGGACACUUCCUUGUCUCUGUGCACCAUGUGGGAAACUUCUACAACAGUAUCAGCGUUAAAAAGCCCAUUAGAUGUUUACUGCAUGGCAACAAGAUCACAUGCAGACAUUCUCUGACACAUUUCUAUGGACUUGGACAUACUGGUGGACUGCCAUGGUACAAUCUCGUCAAGACAAUCCGGUUCCAGUUUCAACACUGUGUGAUGAAAUCACUAAAUUGUUAAAAGGCUACUGCUUUCUGUGUCUUUAUAAAGCGUUCAAUGUCAAUGCCAAUGUGCUUUAUUGAAGGAGGGUGAUGCUGCUUGCUUUGUGUUUGUGUUAAUAAACUUUGUAAACUUUA